AUGGCCCCUUCGAAUGACUUGAUCGACUUUGACGUGAUAGAGGGACAGAAAGAAAAUAUUCAAGCCCUGCCUGGGGGUCGCUCCGCGAAAAAGCUGGCCGAGCUUUACUCUCCUUCCCCCCUACACAAACUGGCAACACCCACUCCAUCGGACACCCAAAACGUGCACGAUUGCAUCCGAGCCGAAUACGAGUCCGAAAUCCAAAACAUCUCCGAGUCAGACGACCCUCUCGACGUCUUCGACCGCUACGUGAGAUGGACGUUGGAUGCGUACCCAUCAGCGCAGGCGACUCCGCAGUCGCAGCUGCACACGCUUCUUGAGCGCGCUACCAAGGCCUUCAUCACAUCUGCGCAGUACAAGAACGACCCUCGAUACCUGAGGCUUUGGGUGCACUACAUCCACUUCUUCUCAGACUCGCCCAGGGAAACGUACAUGUUCCUCUCCCGCCACGGAAUCGGCGAGGGUCUGGCGCUCUUCUACGAAGAAUACGCCGCCUGGUUGGAAGGCGCAGGCCGAUGGAACCAGGCCGAAGAGGUGUACAAGCUCGGCAUCGAGCGCGAGAGCCGCCCGGUGCAAAGGCUGUUGCGGAAGUUCAAGGAGUUUGAGGAACGGCUUGCCCAACAGCCCGCCCAUGCGAUUGAGCCGUCGUCCCCAGCACUUCCCACCAUGCGCCCGGCGCUGGCGGCAAAAGUUGAUCCUUUUGGAUCCCUGCAUUCGAGCGAUCCCCAGGCCGCACGCCCGACAAGCGGGGUGGGCGGUACUGGGUCACGACCGGCAAAGUCGAAGCUGGCCAUCUUCUCCGACGCGACUGCCAAACCAGCGCCUUUGGCAUCGAGAGGCGUGGAAUCAAAGGGAUGGGACACCAUUGGCUCUUUAUCUGACCGGAAGAAGGAGAAUGCUGUAGAGCCUAAACCGUGGGCCGGAGAGACGCUCAAGGCUGGAGGAAAGAAGUCGGCGGCUCCCAAGAUGGCAGUGUUCAGGGAUCCGAGACUAUCUCAAAUAAACAACGUCGUGGUCGUGCCAUCCCAAAGCCAAGUGACUGUUCACCCCCAAACCGGAAGGAAGGAAUACAUAUUCGUCGAUCUUGAAGCUGUGUACCCGAGCCCAGACGAGCCCGGAUCAGAGUUGAGUUUUGAGGAGAUCAUGGCUGCCCAUAGAGGCUGGUUAGACCAGUCCUGGGCGGACGAGACGAUGGAGGAUGGUCCUGAUGCAGAGCCAGUGCGUGGCUUCGGGGAGGUUGACGAGGUUAGCCACGGCGUCAAGAGCGUGCUGACCAUUCAUCGAGACCCCGUUUUUCUGGACGAGAACGGUUCAAGGAAAGAGCAAGCUCAGCCUCGGGCCACAAAGUCAAAGAAGACGAUGGAGCUUAACGAGACGCAAAUCAUCAAGGCAAAGCUGGAUUCGCCCUCUGGGCCAAAGCUUCGCAAGAGGCAAACAGCCGAACCCACAAUGACGCUGCACACCAAAGCAGCGACGGAUGACAUUUACGAAAUCUUCAACGCGCCUCUCAAGUCGAACGACGGCGGCGACAGCGGAGACGACGACGACUACGAGACUGACGGGGAUUAUGCCAGUGAUCCCGAGAGCACCAGCACCACAAGACAGCUGGACGCUGGCAGUGACAACGGCGAACCCGACACGGCUGAUACCAGAAGCGUGAGCGGAUGGUCAGACUUUUCCACCAGGAAGGAUAUUCCGAACAUCAACACGGGAGAGUCGGAGCUUCUUCGCAGCACGUCCAGCGAGCUGUUUAUGCCAGAGGCAGACGUUGUCGAUGGCGCCGGCGCAGAGGAUGUUGACGAUGUCGAUGGUGACGAUGGUGACGAUGGUGACGAUGGUGACGAUGGUGACGAUGGUGAUAAUGAUGAUGAGGAGGAGCAGGAGCAGGAGGGCCAAGAGCAACAAUCCCCCCCUCCUCGGACUCGCACUGUUUUUGUCCCUAUCCCUCCGGAAGAUUAUGACCCCCCAACACGUCCGUAUAGGGAUCCGGUCGAGGUGGCUAACAAUAGGCUUCCGUUCAUGACGCCAAUCACCGAGCGGACAGAGUGCUCUUUAGACGUUGAUCUUGAACGACGGGAUACCUUUAAAACUCCAUGCAGAGGCGACGCAUCCACCAGCAGACUCCAGGAUGACUCUGAUGACGAGCCCCUGAGCAGUCCUUUGAGGAUUCUCGAAGAUGGCUAUCCCUUGCCACAGGUUCCUGUCGCUUUGCUACACAAGCCCGCUCCUGCUGCAAAGAAAGCGGCAGUUGCCAAGCCGAUCCCACCAAAAGGCCCCAUCAUCAGCGAGACUCAGUGCAACCCAGUCGACGAUGCCAUCCGUCGGGACAUUUUGAGCAAGACUCAGCCACCGCUCAGCUCGUACGCCGGUUUCCACGACCGUCGGGAGCAGAGAUUCGAGCACGGAGGCGAGAUCCGCAAGUUUGCCAAAGCCAUGAGCAAGCUGGGCAAAAGUGGUGGCGACAAGCCUGCGCCAGUCCCAGCUCCCGUCACCAUUCAGUUUCCCGGCUCGGAUCGAAAAUACAACAUGAAGAGGGAGCUCGGGGCGGGAGCAUUUGCGCCGGUAUACCUGGUGGAAAACACGCUGCCACAGGAGGGAGAGAAGGACGAAAACGCCGCGGCGGCCGUCUCGAUGGGAAGGGGCACGUUCCUGGUCCAUGGCCGCCACGAGCUGGAAGCUCUCAAGAUGGAGUCUCCGCCCACGCCGUGGGAAUUCUACAUGAUGAGACUGGCCCACGGCCGCCUGGGGCCGCAGCAUCGGGCCGCGGCGUCUAUUUCGUACGCUCACGAGCUUCAGCUGUACCAGGACGAGGCCUUGUUGCUUCUGCCGUACCACCCGCACGGCACUCUCUUGGACGUGGUGAACCUUUUCCGCGCCGAACCCUCGGGCACCAUGGACGAGCAGCUGGCCAUGUUUUUCGCCAUUGAGCUGCUGCGCACGGUCGAGGCCCUCCACGCAAAGAGCAUCCUUCACGGCGACCUGAAGCCAGACAACUGCCUGCUUCGCCUGGACAGCUCCUCCUCCUCCUCAGGCGACGCGCCCCCGACGGCGCCGUGGAGGGCGGACGGCAGCGGGGGCUGGGCGUCGCGAGGCAUCGUGCUCAUCGACUUUGGCCGGGCCAUCGACCUCAAGGCGUUUGCGCCCGACGUCGAGUUCGUCGCGGACUGGAAGACGUCGGCGCAAGACUGCGCCGAGAUGCGCGAGGGCCGGCCCUGGACGUGGCAGAUCGACUACCACGGCCUGGCCGGCAUCAUCCACUGCCUGCUGUUCGGCAAGUACAUCGAGACGGCGCGCUGCGACCAGGGCGGCCUGGGCCGCACGGGGCGCAAGUACAGGAUCCGGGAGAGCCUGAAGCGCUACUGGCAGGCGGACCUGUGGUCCGAGUGUUUCGAGGUGCUGCUCAACCCGGGCUCGUUCCUGGACGCCGAGGAGGGGCGCAGGAUGCCGGUGCUGAGGUCCAUGAAGAGCGUGCGGGAGAGGAUGGAGCACUGGCUGGCGGCGAACUGCGACCGCGGCGUCGGCCUGCGCUCCCUCAUGGGCAAGCUGGAGGCCAAUGCGAGGGCGCGCAAGUAA